AACCGUCCCUUGUCUCCAGCGACGAUUUUUGCGUGGAUCCUAAUGUUCAGCAGUCAUCGGCGAUCGCCCUGGAGGAGAGGCUACAAGAAUUGAACAUCGAUCAUAAGACAACCACCAAAGCCUCAAUGCCUGAUGUCGAGCAAUCACAUGAAAAGCUUGACGUUGACUCUGAACUUCGACAGUCUUCCUCUCUAGUUGCGGAUGACAUGCAGACCAUCAAUUUAGACGGCAUUGUCCCGUUUCAGGCCGCUUCCGUUACUCCCUCCGCCUCACAAACGUCGAUGACAUCUGCCCCUCCCCAACGUAUGGCUUAUCCCAUACCCACAAUGGGGUACUAUCAUCCUCAAGGAUGGGUAGCUGUUUUCCCGCCAUAUCACAUGCAGUACAUGGGGGCAUACCCUGGAUUUCCUCUUCCGCCGCCGAUGAGCCAAUCGUUUCCGCCGGCUAGUGGCGCGGAUGCUCGUGGAACACCUUCAGCAACACCUGCUCCGAUUGUUCACCCAGGCAUGUAUGCUCUAUUCAUUCCAUAUCCGUAUCCUGCGAGAACACCCGUGCGAGAACAAGGCCAGGGACAGACCCCUGUCGCAACACAAGCGCCGCUGAUACCUACGGGGUUCAUUCACGGAUAUCAGGGUAUUCUGGUUCCUGUUUAUCCUCCAGACGCUCUGAAUCAAUACAUGUCCGGCGCUCAAGGCGAACAAGCUUCGACCUCCACAGAGACUGCUCUUGCUUCGCUCCCAGUUCAACCUCCUAAUAAUUGGAAGCCAUACCCUCCACCUGCGUUCGCACCUGGCAUGUCAGUACCGCCAGGGAUUCAGCGCCCGAACUCAGGACCUUUUCUGAUAAUGACUCCACACGGCUGGAUGCCGAAUCAUGCCUCAUUCGGCAUCAACCAGCGUAUGAAAGCCCCAUCGAACUUUCCUCUAGGUUCUGGUGCACACAUGCAGCCGGUGUUUGAGCAGUGCAAUAUCAAUGUACCUCCUCGUCGCCAACAUCGCAGAGACCAUCAGUCCAAUUUCAAGAACGGAGGUCGCGGUCACCCUGGGCGUUACCCUCGCGGAUCAUUCGCAUCAAAUGCACCAAUGAUGAACAUACGUCCCACUCCGGGAUUUGACCACUUCACUAGCUCCCAACGAGAUGCGCAGAGUGGUCCUGAAUGGAACCAUUGGGGUACCCAGUGA